AUGAUUGAUGAAAGACACCAGUCUACAAGCUCAGGACAACAAAUCCCUAGCUGGACAAAGAAGAAAUCACAUCAGGACAAAUCUUGCUGUUGUUCAGUUACUAAGUCAUGUCUGACUCUUUGCAACCCAUGGACUGCAGCAUGCCAGGCUCCUCUGUCCUCUACUAUCUCCCAGAGUUUGCUCAAAUUCAUGUUCAUUGAGCUGUUAAUGCUAUCUAACCAUCUCAUCCUCUGCCGCCUGCACACGAGAGCCGGCACACGAGAUCCCACCCAUGACAAGGUCAUGAGGAAAAGACCUGACGGGCAAGGCGGAUCAGGUUUUCAGGGAUUCCGAAAAGUUGCCCCAGCGCUCACCUUAAAGAUGAUAUCUGUCUUUCUGAUGCUUGCUUCGAUAGACUACUCCCUAAUUUCUGUGACACAGGCAGAAGGCCUUCCCCAUCUCUUUCCAAAUAAGAAUCAAUUUAGAACUUUAAUCAAAGUUCUAAAUUGA